CUACCCCUCUCUCUCUCUCUCUCUCCUCAGCCCCACUCGACCCCACCUUACUCAAACCCUAAACUCUCUCUCUAAAACCAUGGGUUCAGUCUCAGAGAUGGUCCUCCACACCAACUUCCCAACCUCCCAAGACCCACCAACCCAAACCCAAAACCAAUCCCAAACCCAUAUCCCACCCCCCACCGCCGCCGCCGCCCCUAAAAUUUCCCAUCAACUAGUACCCUCCAGAAAAAUCAGCGGCGACCGCCACACGAAGGUAAACGGCCGCGGGCGGCGCGUGCGGAUGCCGGCCCUCUGCGCCGCCCGCAUCUUCCAGCUGACCCGGGAGCUCGGCCACCGCUCCGACGGCGAGACCAUCGAGUGGCUCCUCCGCCACGCCGAGCCCUCCGUCAUCGCCGCCACCGGCACCGGCACCGUCCCGGCCGCCGCCGUCUCCACCUCCGCCUCCGGUGCUCCUCUCUCCGCUGCCUCCGCCUCGAUCCCCGCCGGUUCUUCCGGAGUCACGGCUGUUCACGGCGGCCCGCCGCCGGGAAUGUUCGCGCUUGCUCCACCGCCGAUCUGCAGGCUGGCGCAACCGAUGGUGGGGUUUGAUUUUGGCGGGAAUGGGUACCGGCACAUGCCGUUCACGGCUUUGUUGCUGCAGCCGGCUGCGGAGGAGGCGGAGCAGAGGCGGCAGGAGGAGCUGCUUGGGGAGCAGAAGAUAUUAUAAAUGCUCGCGCGUGUAAAAUUUAUAUUUAUACUUAUAUACGGAAGAGCAAUGUUGCCAACACAACUUUGAAGGGCAAUUUCGGACCCAAUUCUGAUCAGCUACAGACACAAAGACGCAUUUGUGUCCGGAGCUGUAUUUUGAAGCUGGGUUUCUAAACUUUUUGCACAUGAAAUGUGUUUGUGUUUUAGGAUUAGUUUUAGGACUAGUGUUUAAUGUGCUCUGCAUGAGGGAGAGAGAGUUUGGAACUUGUGGCCUUGUGGGUUUUGAAGGUCUUGUUUUGGAUGUUGGUUUAAUGGUUUGUUUGGAACUCUUGCUCUCAGGUUUUACUAGAAAUGGAAUGCAUGCAGGUUCCUUAA